AUGGCAAACAAUGUAGGAUGUAAUAACCAAGAUGCGUUCUCUGCCUUGAAGAAGGGCUUGCCAGCUGAGCACGACUUAUAUCGCGAGCUAACUAUCAAUCCAAGCCAAACUCUAGUAGAGGUGUAUGCGACCACCGAAUGCUACGCUAUCUGGGAUGACGAUCGAAUCCCCACAAAGAAGUUUACCAGGUAA